AUGAAGUCUAAUGAUGCUGACAAGGAAGGAUUGGAACCAGCAAUUACCAUGCAAAACAAAUUUGUUGUUUUGAUCAAUGAAGAAGAGAUGACAGAAGGAGAAAGGGCAGAAAUUGUGGUUAAAAGUAAUGAUAUAAUGGAGAGAGUGGAGGAGAAGGAUAUAGAAGACAACACAGUUGAUGUUCAGGACUGUGGUGAUCAAGUCAAAGAGAAUGGUUGUGCUGAUGACAAGGUGAAGUCUCAAGACGAAGAACAAGCUAUGAUGAAAGAGUUGGUGCAUAUUGAUUCAGCUGAAGUUGAAAAAGUAUCAUCCCCUUCUAAAUGGGGUGAUAGAGUGGAAGAUGAAUUAGAGAAGGGAGAAGUGGAAGAAAGAGCAUUGUAUGAGGAGGUUAUCCAUAGUCUAUUGAAGGAAAACAUUGAUGAUAAUGUGAUUAAAGAUGGAGAAGAUCCAGGUCAUGAGCUAUCUCCUAAUGUCGAGAAUACAGAUAUAUCAAAGAUGUUGUCACCAAAUAAGGGGAGGGAAGUGGAAAAGGAAGCAGUAAUCAAUGAAGAGGAUCAAGGCAGUAACAAAAAGGGAAAUAAAAAAUCAGCUGGUAUUGUUACUAAUAAGAGUCAGAAAGAAAAGUGGUCAGUGAGGACUCAAAAGGCUUUUCAAAGAAUUCAAAUGCUUCAUAGACAUCAUAAAUUUUUCCUUGUGGCUCUUAUGAAACCAUUCCAGCAUGUUAGGCACCUGCAGUUUUAUAGGAGAAGAUUGAGAAUGAGUCAGGCUGGAGCUAAUUGUAAUGGAAAGAUCUGGUUUUUUGUAGCAAACAAUAUAGAGGUGGAAGUUCUUUCAGAUAGUGAGCAACAUAUUUCUCUAAAAUUGCUCUUUCAAGAUACUGGUAAAACUUUGGUUACUACCUUAGUUUAUGCCAAAUGUAGUGAAGUGGAGAGGUUGCAACUAUGGGAUAACAUUUAUAAUUUGGCAAAUGGUAUGUCACUUCCUUGGAUGAUAGGGGGAGACUUCAAUGUGGUGUUGAAUGAGAAAGAGAAAAUUGGAGGGAUACCUGUUUUUGCUCAAGAUAUUGAAGAUUUUGCUUUUUGUAUCAACUCUUGUGAAUUGGACGAAAUUCAGUUUAAGGGCAGCCCUUUCACUUGGUGGAAUGGGAGAGCAUCUAAUGACUGUAUCUUUGAAAGAUUAGAUAGAAUGCUGUUCUGGGUGGAACAUGAAUCAUUCCUUGACACAGUUCAGCAGAAUUUGCUUACUUGGAUGCAUGAAGACCCUUUUAUCAGUUUCAAGCUGAAGUCGAAGCAUAUGAAAUGGGUGUUAUCUCAAUGGAGUAGAGCUACUUAUGGUGAUAUCUUCAAGCAACUAAUCAUCAGGGAGGAAAUAGUUAGAAUUAAGGAGAAUUUGUUUGAAGAAUGUCCUAGUAGUGGGAACAGAAGUGUGCUUCAACAAUCCCAAGCUGACUCAAACAGUACUUACACUAUGAGAAGGAAUAUUGGAGACAAAAGUCAGAGAAUUCAGGAUCUUGAUGGCAACUGGUUAGAUAAUGAAGAGGAAAUAGCAAAUGAAGUAGUAAAGUUUUAUCACAAGUUGUUUACUCAGGAGGAAAUGGGCCAUACAAAUGAGGAUAUUCUACAACAUAUUCCAUGCUUGCUGGAUCAGGAGAGUAAUGAAAUGUUAUGUAAGGUUCCUUCUAAUGAGGAAGUGAAAGCAGCUAUGUUCAACCUCAGUGGUUCUAGUGCCAGUGGACCAGAUGGCUUCUCAGGUUUAUUCUAUCAAGUUUGUUGGCCUAUUGUAGAAGCAGAUGUGAUCAGGAUAGUGCUUGCCUUUUUCCAAGGUGUUACUCUUCCAAAGUCAAUCACACAUACUAAUGUGGUCCUAAUUCCUGAGAAAGAGAUGGUACAAAGUUAUUCAGAUUUAAGGCCAAUAAGUCUGAGUAACUUCAUUAAUAAAGUCUUAUCCAGAGUUCUGCAUGACAGGUUAGAGAAGGUCCUUCCUGCUCUAAUCUCUCCUCAUCAGUCUGGUUUUGUUAAGGGUAGGAGUAUAAUUGAAAAUGUUUUACUCACACAAGAAAUUGUCACAGAUAUUAGAAAGAGGGGAAAACCAGCUAAUGUGGUCCUAAAGCUAGAUAUGGCAAAGGCAUGUGAUAGAAUUUCCUGGAGUUUUUUGACAAAAGUGCUAAAUCAAAUGGGAUUUUCAGAAGGGUUCAUUGAUAAGAUAUGGAGACUGAUAACAAACAAUUGUUUGUAUGUGGGGUAUGGAUUGCCUAAAUGGAGUGCCAACAUCAAUCAUCUUGCAUAUGCAGACGAUACCAUAAUAUUUGCAUUUGCUGAGAGGAAUUCCUUAAAGAUGAUCAUGGAUAUUCUUAGAGACUAUGAAGCUAUAUUUGAUCAACUGAUUAGUAUUGAAAAAAGUGCCUUCUACAUGUAG